CUUUUCCGGUUUCGCAUGCGCAGUAUUCAGGGCCACGUAUUGUGGAAUAACAUCGUGAAGUUUGGAAAGUCGAAGCCGGCUGAACGUCAAAAUGCCUCUUCGACUUGAUAUCAAGCGAAAACUGUCGGCACGAUCAGACCGUGUCAAGUGUGUUGAUUUACACCCUACUGAACCAUGGAUGUUAGCUAGUUUAUAUAAUGGAAAUGUCCAUGUAUGGAAUCACGAGUCUCAGCAACUCAUCAAAUCCUUUGAGGUGUGUGAUUUACCUGUUAGAAGUUCCCGAUUUGUUCCCAGGAAAAAUUGGGUCAUUACUGGCUCGGAUGACAUGCAGAUCCGAGUGUUUAACUACAACACAUUGGAACGAGUCAAUCAAUUUGAGGCUCACUCUGAUUACAUCAGAAGCUUAGCUGUUCACCCUACUCAGCCAUUCAUCCUCAGCAGCAGUGAUGAUAUGUUGAUCAAGCUUUGGGACUGGGAGAAGAAGUGGACCUGUACUCAGGUGUUUGAGGGCCACUCUCACUAUGUGAUGCAGAUUGUGAUCAACCCCAAGGACAACAACACCUUUGCUAGUGCAUCUCUGGACAGAACUGUCAAGGUCUGGCAGCUUGGAUCCAACACACCUAAUUUCACACUUGAGGGACAUGAAAAGGGAGUGAACUGUGUAGACUACUAUUCAGGAGGAGAUAAACCCUACCUGAUCUCAGGAGCUGAUGACAGACUGAUUAAAAUCUGGGACUACCAGAACAAGACAUGUGUUCAGACUUUGGAAGGACAUGCCCAGAACAUUUCUGCUGUGGCAUUCCACCCUGAGCUCCCCAUAAUAAUGACUGGGUCAGAAGAUGGCACAGUAAGAAUCUGGCAUGCGAAUACAUACAGACUCGAGAGCACGCUGAAUUACGGACUUGAGAGAGUGUGGACCAUUGCAGCUCAGAAGGGUUCCAACAAUGUGGCCCUUGGAUAUGACGAAGGAAGCAUCAUCAUAAAGCUUGGUCGUGAGGAACCAGCUAUGUCCAUGGACAGCAGUGGAAAGAUUAUCUGGGCCAAACACUCUGAAGUCCAGCAAGCUAACAUUAAAGCCAUUGGGGAUCAAGAUGUUAAAGAUGGGGAGAGGCUUCCUCUGGCUGUAAAGGACAUGGGCAGCUGUGAAAUCUACCCCCAAACCAUCGCUCACAAUCCCAACGGAAGGUUUGUGGUGGUGUGUGGAGACGGAGAAUACAUCAUAUACACUGCCAUGGCUCUUAGGAACAAAAGUUUUGGAUCUGCCCAGGAAUUUGUCUGGAGCAGCGAUUCCUCAGUGUAUGCCAUUCGGGAAUCAACAAGCUCUGUCAAAAUCUUCAAGAACUUUAAAGAACAAAGAGCAUUUAAACCAGAAUUUGGAGCUGAAGGUAUCUAUGGAGGUUAUAUGUUGGGGACUCGGUCAGUGAGUGGCCUGGCCUUCUAUGACUGGGAAUCAACAGAACUAGUCAGGCGAAUAGAAAUUACACCAAAAAAUGUGUAUUGGAGUGAGAAUGGUGAGCUGUGUUGUAUCACGACAGAUGAAUCCUUCUUUGUUCUGAAAUACAAUGCUGAGGCAGUAGAAAAAGCCAGGGAAAAUAGGGAAGAUGUGGGAGAGGACGGAAUCGAGGAAGCCUUUGACGUUGUUGGGGAAAUUGAGGAAACCGUUAAGACAGGGGUUUGGGUAGGGGACUGCUUCAUCUACACCAACAGUGUUAAUCGUCUCAACUACUAUGUGGGAGGUGAAAUUGUCACCAUUGCUCACCUGGACAGGUUGAUGUAUUUGCUGGGCUACAUUCCAAAGGAUAAUCGUUUGUAUCUGGGUGACAAGGAACUGAACAUUGUCAGUUUCUCUCUCCUUGUGUCAGUGCUGGAAUACCAAACAGCUGUGAUGAGGAGGGACUUUGAAACAGCUGAUAAAAUAUUACCCAUGAUUCCCAGGGAACACAGGUCAAGGGUUGCACAUUUCUUAGAAAAACAGGGAUUCAAAUCCCAAGCUUUGGCAGUGACCUGUGAUCCUGAACACAAGUUUGAGUUGGCAUUACAGCUGGGAGAUCUGAAGACCUGCUACCAAAUUGCCAAGGAAGCAGAGUCGGAACAAAAGUGGAAGCAGUUGGCUGAGCUAGCCAUCAGCAAGUGUGAGUUUGGUCUGGCCCAAGAGUGUCUCCACCAGGCUAAUGACUUUGGGGGUCUUCUGCUGCUGGCCAGUUCUGCCGGAAAUGCCCAGAUGGUGGCCAAGCUUGGGGACACCGCUGAGAAAGCUGGCCAAAACAAUGUCGCUUUCAUCUCCCACUUCGUUCUGGGAAGGUUGGAGGAGUGUCUGGAGGUACUGAUAAACACAGGACGACUUCCAGAAGCCGCUUUCUUCGCCAGAACUUACCUACCUAGUCAGGUCUCAAGGGUUGUCGAGUUGUGGAGGGAACACUUAGGAAAAGUCAACAAAAAAGCAGCCAACUCACUGGCCGAUCCACAGGAGUAUGAGAAUUUGUUCCCAGAUUGGAAGAAUGCCCUUAAGACAGAGACUUUCUUGAAACCCCAGCGGCAACGUGCAAUCCCUGCAGACAAAUUCCUUCGUGUACCUCCAAACCAUGAGAGGACCCCAGUUGAGGAGAUGAAGCAGGCAGAGGAGCAGGGGUCUUUCACAUUUGUCCAAGAUCCUCAGGAUGGAGAGGAGGAAUUUGAACAAGCCCCAGAGACCACACAACAGAAUGUCAAGGUAGGACACUUGUCACAAGCCCCAGAGACCACACAACAGAAUGUCAAGGAACCAACACCUCCACAGAAAUCUGAGGCCCCACCCCCAGAGCCAAUCCCUAGUAAAAUAGAAAUGGAUGACCUUGAGAAAGAAUUAGAACUUGAUCUAGAAAAUAUGAACAUUGACAAUGUAGACACAUCGGACCCUACUGAGGACCAGGACAUAAAUUUGGAUGAAGACCUUUUGGAGGAUUAAAAAUCUAAAUUGUAGAUUCAUUUUAUUUUGUGGACAAAAGUUCAUGUAUCAGUUUGUCAAAAAAGUGGAUACAUUUUCCCAUAAAACAUGAAACUCCCACAUGAUGGGAUUUCCUGACUCGUGAUUAGUCCUUCACCUUCAUCUAUCAUUUAUUCUCGAUGUACUGUGUGCAUGGACAAUAUUCAUCCCCCGUGGAAGAAUGGAGAGUAAUAGGAUUGAGAGGACUAUUAGUUACCAAGGGGAAUAACUCACCCAGACAUGAAAUAUUGUGACUAUUAUUUAUGAAUAUGAAAUGCUGUUUUAAUGUAUAGGAAAGUGCUUGGAUAUCUUAAAUAUCACUAUUUAUCUCCAAGUGUCAUCUUUGAAAAUAAAAUUUUUAAAAAUAUGA